CGCACAUCGUCAUUGUUCGUAAAGUGAUUGAAACGUUCAAGGCACUAAAAAUUCUACAUAUUUUAAUUUGCAAUUAAUUUGAUAAAAAUGUCAAAAAAAGUAAGAAAUGGAUUUUACUUCUUUAUGCUUGAUUUUAAAGCGAGAGAAGAAAAUUUAGGUCGAAAGUUUCCUGAUGGAAUCAAAGAAAUCCAAAAAAAUUCAAAAUGUUCUCAAGAAUGGAUUGCUUUGAGUGAUGAGCAGAAGAAGGAAUAUAAUGACAGAGCAAAACAAGAAAAAGCAAUGCAACGAAGAACUACAAAACCGUUAACUACUAUUGGAGAAUCAAUAGAUUCAGUUCAAAAGCAACAAAUAUCAAAGUUAAAAUAUGAAGAAGAUAUGAAACAAUAUAUUGAUAAUGUAAUUGAACAAGCAGAUUUACUUAAUGCGGUUGAUACAAUUCCAUUCUACUUCAUUCAUGUCAACUACUUUUAUACUAAAACAGCACUGGAUUCAACAGUCGAUUAUAUUCCAGCCGAAUUUGCGGUUUGCGAAUUUUCGAUAAAAAGUGGAGCUUCAAGACUUUAUCAUCAGAUCAUUAACACACAAAUUGAACUAGGAUAUGCACGAGAAGCUGCAGAAGUCAGUGAUACUACACAUAAGCUUAAUAAUGACUUGCCUGAAGGAGAAGAAGAUUACAAAAUUAUGUGCAAUAAACUCAUUCAUUUUUUAAAACAUCAAAUGACAUCUGAUAAUAAACUACCUCCAUUAUACACCACUGAUAACUUUAAAACAGUCGUGCCUUGCUUGCUCAGAAGAAUGACAGCUGCUGCCGAAAUCCCUGACAAUACCUUUGAUUUGUAUUCGUUAGAAUACUUAUUUGGUAGUUACAUGAAGUAUCUAAAUCCUGAUUUCCCUGCGAGUGUCACUCCAUCGGUCCUUGCUGAAGUUGAACUUACUAACGGUUCAAUAACAUUUGCUUGGGCACCUAAAAUUGAGUGUUCGUACCAUUUAGGCAUUGAAGGAACGAAGCCUUUUUGUAGCCAAGCCAUUCUUCACCAAUGGAUUUUUACAUUUUGUGAUUAUUGUUGUCCACGAUUGAAAAUCGCAAUGCGUCCAGGGAUUAAUUGUCCAGAAAGUGAAAAAGACCAAGAGUGUAGUGCAUUAAGUGACAGUUUGCAAUAUUUGAGUUUAAAAGAAAAAGCCGGCAAAUUGAAAUCUGAAACUGGGGUGUCACGAGAAUAUCAAGAAAGAGUAUCUUUUCGUACAGCAAAAGAAGAAGAAGAACGACGAAGAAAAGAUACUAAACUGACUAUUAUUGACCACAGUAAACUUGCUGGAAAUACUGUUCCGUUUGUUGAUGAAACAUAUAAGCCACUUAAACAAAUGAGACGACCACGAACAUUGGCUAAAAUUCUUGAUGAUCAACAAAAAACUGCAUUCACUGAUAAAGACUUUCCUAGCAUUAGACAUGCUAGAGGUAGAAAAAAUUAAUCCUAAAAUUUACUAAAUGAUUGAAAACUAUCAAGUAGAAUUACAAUCUUAUGACAUAAACGCAUAAUAUUCUUUGUUUCCAUUUAAUAGUAAAUUCAAUCACUUUUUUUGGAUGUAUAACUGAAUUUGAUGAAUAUUUUUUAUAAAGCUCCACUCUAUAUAUGUAUAAGAGUGAAUCAGAUUCUUAACUUAUG